AUGCAUGAUACUUUAUCGGUAAAAAAGCCGCCAAAUAGCAAUGUUAAAUUAAAGUUAACAACAUUACGCCGGGGAGAACGGAACAUAAAAAAGCGAUGGAAGAUCCGCAAUGCAAACCGUGCAUUUGGUAAGAAUCCUUAUCAGGCUGGUAAAGAUCUGCUGGAUCCCAAAUGCUCUGUUUGGCUUAAUGUUCAUAAAGAAUCCCUAGAUGCCCACAAAUCUUCCGUGUUAAUUGAUCCCUUAUAUGAGAUACCGCUUUCGACUCUUCCUGGUUUGACUAAUGCUCCCAACGUCACGUCUGCAUUUGAUUCCUCCAAGUUUAAUUUCAAGGACUUUCAAACCAUCCUUGAUACUCGGCGGAAUGCAUCGUCACCCGGAUUGAACCAAAUACCUUACACUUGGAGGGUCGCUUCAGAAGUUUAUAUCCCUAAAAACAAGCCUCCAUCUCCAUCAUCCAUUAAGGACUUUCGGCCAAUAGCUCUCCUCAAUGUGGAAGGAAAACUUUUUUUCAGUCUUGUGUCAAAGCGCCUAGAAAACCACAUUAUUCAGAAAAACCACUUUAUUAACAAAUCCAUUCAAAAAGGAUGUAUGGAAAAAGUUCCUGGUUGCUGGGAGCAUAUGUCUCUUGUCUGGGCUGCUCUGAGAGACGCUAAGUCUAAAAAAAAUGCACUAUCUGCAAUAUGGCUUGAUGUGGCAAAUGCGUAUCCCACUAUACCGCAUAAACUUAUUUUCAUGGCCCUUCGUCGCUAUGGUGUUUCAGAGUCUUGGAUAAGGGUUAUUAACGCCUACUAUGGCAGCCUCUGGAGCAAGUCAAUCUCUUUUACAGCCUCAUCCAGCUGGCACCAACACUUUAGAGUUAUUUUUAUUGAAUGUACAUUAUCAAUCAUACUAUUUUUGGCAGCUAUAAAUGUAAUCAUUAAAUAUGUGUGCGCCGAAGAAGAGUUAAAAAGUUGUGUUUCGCCUGGCGAUUCAGACCAUCCUCCGGUUAAGGCCUUUAUGGAUGACAUAUUUUUAAUGUCUUCAAGUGUCCCUCAAACUCAGAACUUGUUGGAUCGUUGUGUAACAACCCUUCAUUGGGCUGCAAUGGGCUUUAGACCUUUAAAAUCGCGAACCAUUGUUAUAGCUAAUGGAAAAGUUUUAGAUCAGUCUCCUUUUUGUGUCCUGCAAGAACCAAUCCCAUCUAUUCACGCAAACCCAGUUAAGUUUCUUGGCAUGACGAUAUAUUCAACAUUGUCAGAUUCAGCUGUUGUCCAACAGGUUAUUGUUAACGCUGUAGAGCAAGUCAAACUCAUAGAUAAGUCUUCCCAUAGAGGCAUUCACAAAGUGUGGUUUUCGCAUCAUCUUCUAAUUCCCCGAAUACGAUGGCCUUUUUUAAUUUACGAAGUUUCGAUAUCUCGUAUUGUUUCACUAGAACAAAAUCUAUCCUCUGUACUAAAAUCUGCUAAGAUCAGCGGUCAUCUUCUCCUCCCAGAUUCGGCUGAUCCUCUAGUCUCAGACUCUCCUCCAGACUUAAAGGCUGGACACUGGAGGGUAGAUCAGACAGCAAAAUCAGCAGAGAGUCAACUCGAGUUCAAGAAAAUACUUGGUUCCCAUCAGUUUGGUAGAGCAGGCUUGGGACUGGUAAGCCAUAAGAGUGUCCCAGCAAUUGGUACCCAUUCUUACCGCAAACUUGUAUCAGAUGUUGUGCAGGACAAUGAGAAAGACAUCUAUUAUGCUCGAGCCGUUCAGCUUCAUGUCAAAGGUAACUGGACUAAAUGGUGCUCGUUUACUAAAUACGAUCUUUCUUGGAAGAACCUACUGUCUCUGUCGCAAAGUUUAUCUUUGUUUUGCAUCGGUGCAACCUAUGACACGCUUCUUUUUUCUACAAAUCUUGUCAAGUGGGGAAUUCAAAAUGACAAAAGUUGCACUCUGUGUAAAAAACCCUCUUGUAACGUGUCCCACAUUUUAGGCGCUUGUAAAUUAGCUCUUUCACAAGCUGGUAAACGUCUUCCCACCAAAAAGCGUGCAAAAAUUCAAGGUAUCCUUCACCUGGCCUCUGAUUGGAGAUUAUUGUCAGACUUAGAUUCAACGUUAAUAGUACCUCCUUAUCUUGCUGUAACGCAACUUCGUCCGGACAUACUUUCAACUUCUGCCAUGACCAAAACUGUAAUUAUCCUUGAAUUAACUUGCCCAUGCGAAGAGAACAUGGAGACUUGGCAUGGAGUUAAGGUUGAUAAAUACUCGUCACUUUGUUCCGUCAUGAGAUUAAACAAUUGGUCUGUGCAUUUCUUUGCUGUUGAAGUAGGAGCUAGAGGAUUUUGUUCCGAAACAGUUAGAAUCUGCCUCCGUCGCCUCGGCUUUUUUAACAUGUCUGUGUGUUUCACUCUGAAAUCUCUUUGA